AUACCUCAAAUACAGGGAGCUCCCAAAGCAUUGUUGGAUGGACGAAGCAUUUGAAGUGUGGACCCAGCAAACUUUGUUGAAGUCAUCAUUAUUUUUUUAGAGGAUUGUUGGAAUCAACAUUUGAUACUAUUUAAAAGCAUCAUCAAAGUGCGUAAUUCUUUUUCCUGCACCCCAUUGUUUAUUGUGCCAAAGGUCACUAUAGUAAUAUUUGGGCAAGGCAGACACGAAUUAGUUUUUAAGUGAUCAUAGAUCCAAUCCGGACAUGAAGGACCUGACGAAACGCUAGAAUUUCCUGUAACAAUUUGAAGGUGACAAUAAUUAAAUAUGUGAGGUAAAUCUAUUAGCUUUAUAACCGGUUCACUUACCUUUAACUUGCCAAUUAGAAAGUCAUAGGCGGUACAUACGACAGAUACAAAUCUUUUUUUUAGGUUAGCCAACUCUAGGCAACAAGGAGGCAGUGGCCCAUGGGCGGCGGAAGGGUGGGGGAACCCCAGAUCUAUGUGUCUGAUUCGUGUCUUGUAAGUGUUUCAAGUUUCUCGUCGUAGGUGAAGUUGGGGCAACAUCGACAAUGGAAAUAAUGAUUCAUAGAUCCCCAUGUCGAUGGGCUUUCUUGGAAGGGUGUUGACGAGCCGGAGGAUGGUGUCGAUCGCUGAGCGGAUAGAAGCUCUUGGGUUUCAACUAGGUUGCUCCGGUAAGUCGGAUGCUAAAAAACGGCAACGAGCUCUCCUCACGGGAUGCCACCAGUGAAUGCAGAUGAAGACCGAGGUUGGCGACUAUUUCUUCAAGGACAGGCGUGUAAUUUCUAAUUUUUAUACAAAAGUUCUCUUAUGGGCUUGUUUUAUUUAAUGCAUGGCCUUUUUUCAUUGUUUUUGAUAUAACUUACCACAUUGAGCCUUUUCUGCAAAAAAGGUAGCAGAUCUUUUUUCUCUAGGGACUAGGGAGGAUAAAGAGGAUGACCCAGAAAGAUGUAGAGUGCUAUUUAUUCAUGUCAGGAGCAGGAAAUAGAUUUUCAAUCAAGUUUCUAGAAUCAUGAUAAGUGCAUAUUUACUAUACCGGGGAAUCUAUGUACUUACAGUACAGUACAAAAUCAUAUCCGUAUAGGGAGAUUGCCCGCCAGUAUCCUCAAUCCUUCUCCGCAUUAGCUCAUCCGAUAAAUCAGCGGUCGAGUAAUUAGACCGUGCAGUAAUUACUACUGGAAGGAGGAAUCGCCGGGUAUUCCGCGAACGCUACUCCCCUCCGUAUAUGGAAGGAAUCGCCGGAGUAUUCCAUAGAUUAGCCACAGGAUUUUGGCAAUCUCGCUGGCAUCUCCUAAAUCACGCACCCGCUGACGCCGCCGUGGCCCCCUUCUCCUGCAAUCACCGCCGGAGUCGGAGGCGAACGCGAUCGCAAUCGCGACGUGUAUAUAUACAAGGACGUAGUACGUGCACAAGGGCGUGCAAGCAAAACCCCCGCGCGCGCGAGCCUGAUCACCAUGCAUUUCUUCCAGGUCGUCGUGGCGUGGAUGUUCCCGUGCGCCGUAUGCGCGACGAUGGCGCCGGCCGUGGCGACGGCGGCGACUACGGACGGCGCUUCGACCGUCGAGCACGUGCACGCCGGCUCGACGUCGCCGGCGUUCAGCCCAGGCGGCGUUAAGGUGUCCUCCGACUCGGGCUCCUCCCCGUCGUCGAGGUCGUCCACGUCCUCCUCCUUGCUCGGUGCGCGAAGCAGUUCGUCGAACAGCGCGCGCUCACCGGUGAGGGAGGGCGGUGCCUGUGACACGGCCGCGCCCAAGGGCCACGCGGUGAGGCGGUGCCUGCGCAGGUUCGCAAAGAAUCUGCAGCGCGCCGGUGCUGCCGACGAGCGGCCAGACGGGCGCAGGAGACGGAAGGGCCGGGCGACGAGGCCGGACGGGAGGGGCGCUGCCGCCGAGGACGGCACCGCCCGCGAGAGGGAGGAGGCCGUCGCGAGCGCGAUCGCAUACUGCAAGGAGUCGAGCCGGCAGCGCUGCAGGCCGCCGCUGGCUCCCUCGCCCAGCUUGGACGGCUGGCUCCUCGUCCGUCCGGAGGAGGAGAUCGGCAACAGCACCACGAGCGCCGCCUCGCACUGCGAAUGCGAGGGGCCGGGUACCUCGAGCUUGGACGCAGAAUGCGUCGGCAGCAGUCCGUCCUCGGCGGAAACGCGGCGUGGACCAGCCCCGGAGCUAGGAGAGGACGACGUGUUCGACGGGCUUGACGGGGACGUCCUCAGGAUGACGAGUUACUUCGCCGCCAAAUAUGUGCAGUGCGCCAUUGAAGAAUAGCUCGGAGUCUCACAUGAGACGAAGCAAACAGUUUGUCGUACGUAGAUCUAGCCAGAGGAAAAAAAUUAUACGAGAUCAGGUCUCACCCCUUGUCUUGCCUUCGAUCUUGUAAGAUCUGUCCAUAUCAAUUGUCGAUCCUAUUCUUAUAUGAUAUGAUGGCACGCAGUGUUCCAAGUUCUAACGAGAAUCUCCUGGAGUUAACUACACAAUCGUUCGAUUGUUUCUGAAUCAGACUGCAAUUUUGAAGCUUAAUUGGCAAAGGAGUUAAGAUAUAGACAAUCCUAUUUAUUCGAACUAGCUUUGCUGAAUCGAAAGAAAAGAGACAACUUGGAUUCAAUCAAAAGAAAUUAG